AUGAAUGAAAAGGAUAGUUUUUCAAAUGUUCAACGACUUAAUAGUACUAUUAUGGCUAAAUAUGAAUGGACAUCAUCUCGAAUAGGUAUGCAAAAAAGUGGUGAAGAAGUACAUGAUCGUCGAAUGAAAACAUAUCGAAAAGCAAAUGAAUUUUUACAAGAACUUCUUCAAAAAAGAAGUGAUGGUAGUUCACUUGAUGAUAAUGGUACUCUUGAUCGAUAUCAUAAAUUUCUUAAAUAUAAAACAAAUUUUAAUAAUGAUGAUAGUAUAUUAGAUGAAUUCGAUCGACGAUUACGUGCUUUAAAUGGUAAUAAACGACGAAAUCAAACAUCAAAAACUUAUAAACCUAAUGAUAAUGAAUCGAUUACAAUUGGUUUACAAACAACAAGUGAAAUUGAAAAUAAUACAAACGAACUUAUUCAACAUUUCAAUGCUCAAGAACGAUCAAACUCAUCAACAAUGACAUCAUCAUUGAAUACAAUAAAUCCUAGUAUAUUAUCAAAAUUAUCUUUUGAUGAAAGUCAAAUAAAUAUUAGUUUAAAUACUAAUGAACAUCAAUCAUUAUCAUCAUCAACAUCAUUGGAACAAUCACUAACAUCAUCAUCAUCAUUAAAUCAUUCAAUUAUAAAAAUUUUGUAUAAACCAAUAGCUCAACGUGCUGAUGGUAGUGAAAUAAAAAUUAGUUCAACUGAAAAUUCAUUACAAUAUACGACAUCAAAUGUUUUACCUUUUAAUCAUUGUUAUUUUCCACGUUCAUUAUUAUCACGUGAACAAAAUAAUACAAAUAAAAUAACAAAAAGACAAUUACCUUCUCAUCCUAUAGAACAAUAUGAUAAAAAUCAACUAUUUCAUUUACUUGAUCAUUUAGAUAAUGAAUGUUCUUCUGUUGAUUUUACAACUAUGCUUGAUCAAUUAACUUUAUCAUCUGUUCAAAUACAAAACAUUGAUAAUAAUAUAUCAUUGAUCAAUGAUGAUGAUGAAUAUGAUGAUAAAGAAAAUAUUUUAAUUAAAACAAAUCUAUUCGAUGAAUCAUCAUCUUUAUCUGAUUAUUAUACAAUAUCAACUUUUAAUAUAGAUGAUCCAAGAAAAUUGACUCUUUAUACAAUGACAACAGGUACAGUGCAAUUAAAACCAUCUUGUUUAAUUCCAUAUUCAAUUCUUAAUGGUCGACGACCUUUAUUACAAUGUUCAAUUGAAACAAAUUUUAAACAAAUUCGUUCUAAACGACAAAAACAUAUUUGUCAAGUAACAGCUAUUGAAUCAUUGAUAGAUAUGAAAUAUCUCAAAGAAAAUGAUAUUAUAUUAAAAAUAAAUAAUCAAUCUGUAUACCAUUUAAAUAUUGAUGAUAUUAGAGAUAUUUUACAACAACAAUACAAAACAUCAAAUUAUUGUUUAUUAACAAUAGCUCGACUUUGUCAACCAUUGAUUUAA